GAGUAAUUUUCAUCGUCAUUUCGCGGUAAAUUCAUCUUAGGUUGAUCUUAGGCGUGAAGGCCUUGGCCCUUGAUCGUUAAAUACUCGUCCCUUCUUAAUCUUAAAUAGAUGAGCUUGUGAUGGUUUGGUAAAAUCCAUUGAAAUCAUUCACGCACUGACUGCUGAUGUCUAGGACUAGGUUUGAUCUGCUCAAAGUUGUCCUUUUUCUGAGAUUCUGCAAUGGUUCAAGAGGAGAAGACUGACAAUCUGCCCUGGGUGGAAAAGUACAGGCCUAAGCAGCUGUCAGACCUGAUAUCACAUGAGGAGAUCAUCAAGACAAUCGGCCGAUUUAUGAAGGAGGAUGCGCUCCCGCACCUGCUGUUCUACGGACCGCCGGGAACGGGCAAAACUUCUACAAUCCUGGCCUGCGCCAAACAGCUGUACAAGCCCAGCGAGUUCCAGGCCAUGGUCCUGGAGCUGAACGCCUCCGACGACCGAGGUAUCGGUGCCGUGCGGAACCAGAUCCAGAGCUUCGCCAGCACGCGCACCAUCUUCAACCGCGGCUUCAAGCUCAUCAUCCUGGACGAGGCUGACGCGAUGACCAAGGACGCGCAGAACGCCCUGCGACGCAUUAUUGAGAAGUACACAGAUAACGUGCGUUUCUGUCUGAUCUGCAACUACCUGAGCAAGAUCAUCCCGGCCAUCCAGUCGCGCUGCACUCGCUUUCGGUUCGGCCCCCUGGCGACGGAGCAGGUGGCGCCGCGACUCGACCACGUGGUCAAACAGGAGGGCGUGGACCUGUCGCCGGACGGGCGGCAGGCGCUGCUCGACCUGGCCGGCGGCGACAUGCGGCGCGUGCUCAAUAUCCUCCAGGCCACGGCGAUCGCGUUCGGCUCCGUCACGGAGGACAAUGUAUACACGUGUAUCGGCCACCCGCACUCGUCCGACAUCACGGCCAUUGUCAACUGGAUGCUGAACGAGGACAUGGCCACUGCGCUACGCAAGAUCGUAGAGCUGAAAACGCACAAAGGCCUGGCGCUGCAGGACGUACUCACAGAGGUUCACAAACUCGUCCACCGCAUUGACCUGCCGUCGACGGCCAAAUGUGACGUGCUGUACCGUCUGGGGGAGAUCGAGCACCACCUGAGCCGCGGAGCUACCGAGAGCCUCCAGCUGGCCGCCCUGGUCGCCGCCUUCCAGAUCGCCAAACACCAGGUGGCGGAGGAGGCCGGCAGGCAGGCGGCCACCGCGUGACGUCAUAGGGACACACAGUGACGUCACAUCACCCGUCAGAUCUGCCGCCGAGUGACGUCAUCGGCGGAUGACUGAUGGCUACCCGGUAACGUCAGCCGGAUUAUACUGGAGAGGUGUAUGACGUCAUACAUCCCGUCUGAUGACGUCAGCAUGCAUAAGGACGGUAUUCAUCAUAGUGUCCUUACGGAGGAAUCUGUUGCUAGCCCGGCUGCCUUGGCGGCACAUUGCCGGGCGGAGUAUUGUGAUUACUGAUUAGUAUACCAUCGGAGUACCCAACUGCGUAUUUCACAGGUCUGUUGGCACUUGAGUGCGGUGUCGUAAUAAAGGUGCUUUUGUAAAAA